GGCUUAUCGCAGGGCCGGAAGUGGCGUCCCGCGCUGGUAACCCCCUCCCGCCCCUACUUGGUAGAGCCGGACGGGGCGGUUCCGGCCCCCCCUCCCCGACGCGGCUACCGGCCAAUGAGGAACGUCGGUCCCGCCCAGCCGGUGGGGGCGCGGCCAAUCGGGAACGCGAUGGCGGCGCCGGUGCGGGACCGCGAGGCGCUGCAGCGGCUCAACUUCCUCUUCCAGGCCGCGCACUGGGUGCUCCCCCACAGCCCGGCCCUCGCCCGCUUCUACUGCAGCACCCAGCGAGGGGCCGCCCGCCGCCUCGUCCUGCGCAUGGCCCCCUCGGUGAAGCGGGCUGUGUGCCGCCGCUGCUGCUCCCUGCUGCUGCCCGGGGCUGGGGGUUACCUGCGCCUGCGAGGUCGGGGGCAGCCCCGGAGGGUGCUGCGAUGCCGGUGCUGCGGCCGCUGUCGGCGUUACCUCUGCCAGCAGGAGCUCCGCCCCCCCGGCCAGGCCACGCCCACCAGGCCCGCCCCAGACCACAGCCCAGCAUAAGCCCUACCCGACAACAGCAUGGAGAUGUGACUUCUGAUUGGUCCCUGCAGAAGCUGCUUCUAACCAAUCAAAAAAAAAAAAAAGACCACCAGCUGCAGAAAUAAACCUCCCUUUAUUCUA